GCGAUUUUUACAAUGCCCGGUCCAUUGCGUCUAUAAGAAUCGAUUUUCCGAUGCAUUUGGCAAUCACACUUCAACCUAGAUCACAAGGUUAAGCAUUAUGGCCUCCAACAACAACAAAAAAAUGGCGAAGGGGGGCAGUAGUAAGACGGUUACUCCACUGAAGAUUUAUUCGGCUUCGCCAACACCUAAUACUCGACAACAUGAUGCCACGAGUUCACGGGCUGCCACGGAUUAAUGACCCAAAACCUUCCUCAUCCUUCUCCCCGCGGUCUAAAGAAAUUGCAGCCAAAGGUGUAUUCUUCUUCAUUGAAUCCUUCCUCGUCGAAAGGGGGCAGUAGCAAGACAGUUACUCCACUAAGGAUUCAUUCGGCCUCGCCAACGCCUAAUACUCGACAACAUGAUGCCACGAGUUCACGAGCUGCCACGGGGGGCAGUAGCAAGACGGUUACUCCACUGAAGAUUCAUUCGGCUUCAACGACAUCUAAUACUCGACAACAUGAUGCGGCGAGUUCACGGGCUGCCACGGGGGGCAGUAGCAAGACGGUUACUCCACUGAAGAUUCAUUCGGCUUCGCCAACACCUAAUACUCGACAACAGGAAGCCUUGAAUGCACGGGCUGCCACGGCGAUGAGUAUGAAUCCUGUUACUCCAGUGACAUUGCGUAAUGCCGGUAAACAUGCAUCUUCAGCUAGUGGUAUGCCUGCGAGUGGAAGGAGACCAUCCACAACAGAGCAGCAGAAACAAAGUCAGGCAUCUUCUACUGGUUUGUACCUUGUCACUCGAGCUGGAGAUCAACCCAGACGUCAAGCCCCAUCAUCAUCAGCGAGCAAUAGGAAUGGGCAAUCAUCAGCAAGCAGCAGUCAAAGGGGGCAUGCAGAGUCUCAUGGUGCCGGAAAACCGAAGUCUACAGGAACAAAAAACAAGUGAACUCUAUAGUAUCUUGCUUAUGGAUGGCAAGCUAUGAUGCGUGUAGCAGUUCAAUCGUCCGAUGUUCGAUCUCUAAAAUAAUACAAAUAAUAUGUGUAUUGUACUCUCUUAUAAAUUGGUUGUAAUUUAGUCGGUACGCAAGUGGAACUAAGAGAAAUAUAUGAAUCUGUUACGUGUAGUGGUUUGUAAUUGCCUCUCGAUGGAUUUGCAUGCUGCCCCUAGUCCCUAUUUAUGUAGUGUGUAUUGAGUUCACAUGUAUUUGGGAUUUGGGGUUGUACUAAAAAGUAUUUCAGAGUGUGUAACUCACAAAAAUAGUUCAUUUAUCUUAAA